GAGUCUUCAGAGCAUUUCUUAACUUCUCUAAACUCAGAAAAUCAUCUUUCACCUUUCUGGAUGUCCAAGCCUUUCACCUUAAACGUCAAGCUUUACAUUUUCUGCCUGAUAGAGGAUCACCCUCUCUCUCCGUGGGGAUUUUAGGGGCCUGCGGAGCUGAACUCCCUCGCUGGCCAGCAUGGCAAAGGUCAGAGUUGUUUUAACUGUGUGCCAGGUGGUGCUAGAAUUGUUAAUGAAUUCAUUAACUGAGUCUUCCAUACAGAGCAACGAAUGUCCACAGCUUUGUGUCUGUGAAAUCAGGCCCUGGUUUACACCCCAGUCCACGUACAGGGAAGCCACCACAGUUGACUGCAAUGACCUGCGGUUAACAAAAAUCCCCAGCAACCUCUCCAGUGACACCCAAGUCCUUCUGUUACAGAGCAACAACAUCGCAAAGACCACAGACGAGCUCCAACAGCUCUUCAAUCUGACAGAAUUGGAUUUUUCACAAAAUAACUUCACGAGUAUCAGAGAUGUGGGGCUCUCCAAUCUCACCCAGCUKACGACGUUGCACCUGGAGGAGAACCAGAUCACGGAGAUGACUGACUACUGCCUGCAGGACCUCUGCAACCUGCAGGAGCUCUACAUCAAUCACAACCAGAUCAGCAGCAUUUCCGCCAACGCCUUCUCUGGCCUGAAGAAUCUCCUGAGGUURCACCUCAACUCCAACAAGUUAAAGGUUAUUGACAGCCGUUGGUUUGAUUCUACUCCCAACUUAGAGAUUCUCAUGAUUGGAGAAAACCCAGUGAUUGGAAUACUUGAUAUGAAUUUCAAACCACUCUCAAACUUAAGGAGUCUCGUUUUGGCAGGUAUGUACCUCACAGACAUCCCUGGCAAUGCCUUAGUAGGCUUGGAUAGUCUCGAAAGUCUUUCCUUUUAUGACAACAAAUUGGUAAAAGUUCCUCAGCUUGCACUUGAGAAAGUUCCCAAUUUAAAAUUCCUGGAUCUCAACAAGAAUCCAAUCCAUAAAAUUCAAGAAGGGGAUUUUAAAAACAUGCUCAGGUUGAAGGAGCUCGGGAUCAACAACAUGGGAGAGCUAGUGUCUGUCGAUAGGUACGCRCUGGACAACCUGCCUGAGCUCACAAAGCUGGAAGCCACCAACAACCCAAAGCUGUCUUACAUCCAUCGCCUGGCCUUCCGCAACGUCCCCGCCCUGGAGAGCCUCAUGCUCAACAACAACGCCCUCAACGCCGUCUACGAAAAGACAGUGGAGUCGCUGCCGAACCUGCGCGAGAUCAGCAUCCACACCAACCCGCUCAGGUGCGACUGCGUCAUCCACUGGAUCAACUCCAACAAGACCAACAUCCGCUUCAUGGAGCCCCUGUCCAUGUUCUGCGCCAUGCCCCCCGAGUACCGGGGGCAGCAGGUCAAGGAGGUGCUAAUACAGGAUUCAAACGAGCAGUGUCUUCCAAUGAUCUCCCACGAGACCUUUCCCAAUCACUUAAACCUGGAYAUCGGCAUGACGGUGUUUUUAGACUGCCGGGCCAUGGCAGAGCCUGAGCCAGAAAUCUACUGGGUCACUCCUCUGGGCAAUAAAGUCACCGUGGAAAGCCUCUCUGACAAAUACAAGCUGAGCAGCGAGGGCACCUUGGAAAUCUCCAACAUCCAGGUGGAGGACUCCGGGAGGUACACCUGCGUGGCUCAGAACAUCGAAGGGGCCGACACGAGGGUCGCCACCAUCCGGGUCAACGGGACGCUCCUGGACAGCACCCAGGUUCUCAAAAUCUACGUCAAACAAGCAGAAUCCCACUCCAUCCUGGUUUCUUGGAAAGUCAAUUCCAACGUGAUGACUUCCAAUUUAAAAUGGUCAUCGGCCACGAUGAAGAUCGACAACCCUCACAUCACCUACACGGCCAGGGUCCCGGUGGACGUGCACGAGUACAACCUGACGCAUUUACAGCCCUCCACGGAUUACGAGGUGUGUCUGACAGUGUCCAACAUCCACCAGCAAACGCAGAGAUCCUGCGUCAACGUCACCACCAAAAACGCGGCUUUCGCGCUGGACGUUUCCGACCAGGAAACCAGCACGGCCCUGGCAGCGGUGAUGGGCUCCAUGUUUGCUGUCAUCAGCCUGGCCUCCGUCUCUGUUUAUAUUGCAAAAAGGUUUAAGAGAAAAAACUACCACCACUCAUUGAAAAAAUAUAUGCAAAAGACCUCUUCAAUCCCCCUGAACGAGCUCUACCCUCCACUUAUUAAUCUCUGGGAAGGUGACAGUGAAAAAGACAARGAUGGCUCUGCAGAGACCAAGCCGACCCAAGUCGACACAUCCAGAAGCUAUUACAUGUGGUAACUCAGAGGAUAUUUUGCUUCUGGUAGUAAGGAGCACAAAGACUUUUUUGCUUUAUUCUGCAAAAACGACGAGUUGAAGACUUUUGUAUUUUUGACUUUGCUAGCCCGUGGCAGAGCGGUGAGGACAGGUGGAUAUUUCAGGAUUUUUUAGUAUAGCGUAUCGCAAUGGGUUGACACAAAUGGCAGCUUCACCUAGCUUCCAAUUCUCUGUUUGUUUUAUUUUAUUUUUUUUUUCCUUUUUUUUUUUUUUUAAUUUUUUUUUUUUUUAUUGUGCUAAACUUAACGCUGUCCUAACUCCAGUGCUGAAUGAAAAGGAGAGGCUGGGUGAGCCCACCCCGUUCUCCCAGAGCCAUGGCAGGGUGGAUCUCACUCUCCAAACCCUCAGUUUUGGACUGCUGUGAACGAGGUUGGUUUGUGACCCUGGGCUGAGGACUCAACCCUGAGAAAAGGAGACCCUGAAUGAUGUUAGUUGACUGUACUGUAAUGUUGUAUCAACUGAUUUGAAUGUUUUUGACUUUCAACAAUGAGUUUUCUUUUUUAUUAUUUUUGUAGUAGUUGAAGGCUUAGGUAAAGCUAACAGGCAAUAGGAAUACGUACAUCCAAUUUUUUAAUGUAACAGACUAAAUGUUAAUUGUUCUCUUAUUCUUUUUAUUCUAUUUAGUAGACACUUUUGAAGAAUUACUAGAGUUUUGUUGUGUUUUAAUCACCAACACAUGGUGUUUAAUGAAGGCAGAGCUAUAAUAAAUUUAGUUUUGUUCUGAUUUUUUUAUUUUAGAAGCCACAGUCAUGUCUUGGGUUUAGAUGGCACUAGUUUGACUGGUGAUCAUGUUUUGACAUAAAAUAUAUCCCAAAUGUUAUAUAAAAAUAUUGUUGGGGUUUUUCUUGAUGAAAUGAAGUUCCAGGUUCAGUUUUUUUAUGCAUUUAUGUUAAUAGCAGUGUUUUCUCUGCACUAGAAGCAAAAUAUGGAAAAUAAUUUAAUGAGAAAAAUGUCUUGGUGUGGCUUUUGGACUGAGAGUCACCUGCAGAAUCAAAACUGUUUGGCAUAGGGUACACAGAAAAAGAACUUUCASAGAGUGUAACAGGACAUUUUCCUUUUUAUAUACUUUUCUGUUUAUAUUCUGAGCUAAGAUAAAAAUGAAGCUGACAUUUAGCUGUCAUUACCAUCACUUAGAACAAAAAAAAACCCAACUCAGUGCUACCAAACUGAAAUAAGCCAGUUAAAUCUUGGAAUAUAUACUUGAAAAAAACCCCAAAUUGGAUUAAUGUUCCUUCAAAAGCAGAAAUUAAGAUCAAAACUACCAAGACAGUUAUGUUUGGUCCAGAACUGAACUGUAUUUUUUACAGGCCUCAAAUUAAUCCAUAUUCUGAGCAUUUUACUAAAUUACCGUGGUCAAAGAGAGCAGCAGUGUUCUGUGUGCACUGGGUACAAUAUAAAGGCAUCAUUUACAGUCAAACCUACGGAAGCGUUG